UUUCUCGUCGACGUCGUGUUUGGUGGGGGGGCUUUUACACGAGGUGGUCUUCUGUCGUAGUGGUGUUACCCAAGUUUAGGAUAUUUAGAACAUUAUUCUUGCAACGUCAGUUGUGAUUUUAAUGCAUUUCUCUUGAUAGUCGAACGAUCCAAGAUGUCGGGCGAAGAAUAUGAGAGCGACAUGGAUUACACGGAUUCGGAUUGCGGGGAUACAGGAUACGAGGAUUAUUACAACAAUCCGCAAUGGGGCAGCGAGGCGGACAACGACAUUGAUUUAGAGCACAACAAAAAGGAUCCGGAAUACGCGAUUCACGAGUGCCUCAAAGUCGAAGAGGUAGAGAGACUUUUGAAUGAAAAUGUCGAAGAACUGAGUAAUAAAUUACAGAUCACGCCGUCCCUAGCCAAAGUAUUGUUGCAUGCCCAUGAAUGGGCGCUCCAAGAUAUUAUCCUCAAGUAUCGCAACGACGCUUCCGGUCUUUUGGUUACUUCAAAAAUCAAGUCCUCCCAUGAACCGGACAGCAGCAUAGUCCUCAGAGGUGCAAGGACUGCAACGUGUUUGGUUUGUGUCAAUACUUUGUCCCUGGAAAGAUUCGCCGCUCUAACAUGCGGCCAUACCUUCUGCAAGGACUGCUGGUGCAUGCAUUUCGAAGUUCAAAUUAUACAAGGGAUUUCGACGGGAAUUGGUUGCAUGGCUCAGGACUGCGAAGUACUUGUGCCAGAGGAUUUUGUCUUAUCUCUCCUUACCAAGCUGACAAUGAGAGAGAGAUAUCAGCAGUUUGUCUUCCGAGAUUACGUCAAGUCUCAUCCGCAGCUUCGUUUCUGUCCAGGACCAAAUUGCCAGAUAGUCGUACGCUCCAAAGAAUUGAGAGCUAAAAAAGUCAUCUGUUCCUCGUGUAAAACACCAUUUUGCUUCAGGUGUGGAAUGGAUUAUCAUGCUCCAACCGACUGCGGUACGAUAAAGAAAUGGCUUACUAAAUGUGCCGAUGACUCAGAGACUGCAAAUUACAUAUGCGCUCACACCAAAGAUUGUCCAAAGUGCCACAUUUGCAUAGAAAAAAAUGGCGGGUGCAAUCAUAUGCAAUGUUACAAUUGCAAACACGAUUUUUGCUGGAUGUGCCUCGGAGAUUGGAAGGCACACGGCAGCGAAUACUACGAAUGUUCACGGUAUAAGGAAAACCCCAAUAUUUCUCGUGAAAGUGUCCACGCACAGGCUCGGGAAGCCCUGAAAAAAUAUCUCCAUUAUUAUGAAAGAUGGGAAAAUCACAGCAAGUCGCUAAAGCUCGAAGAACAAACGCUGGAAACAAUAAAAUCUCGCAUCCACAAAAAAGUAAUGCAUGCCAGCGGAACAUGGAUCGAUUGGCAACACUUGUUCGAAGCUGCUUCUCUUUUGGCACGCUGUAGGUAUACCCUCCAGUACACAUAUCCAUAUGCCUACUUCAUGGAGGCAGGACCGCGCAAAGUACUGUUCGAGUAUCAGCAAGCGCAAUUGGAGGCAGAGAUAGAGAAUCUAUCCUGGAAAAUUGAACGCGCAGAAACAACAGACCGCGGAGAUCUUGAGAAUCAGAAAGACAUAGCCGAGAAACGGCGUGUGACUUUGCUGAAAGAUUUUUUAGAGGUCUGAUCCGCAUCUGAAUCAGAUCGCGGUUUGUUAUCUUCCGAUUGAGACGUAAUUUUCAAUUAUGUCCGAUAAAUCAUAACCAGGUUCAAAAACUGGCAACGGAGCCCCCUCUGUUCUUCACGAUAAAGUAGGUGGGUAACAGAGUGGAACCGAAAGAAAGAAUAAAUGAAUUACUGAUAAAGGAAAAUAAAGAAUCUAGUGAUCUCUGAAAAAAAAAUACUAAAAGACAAUUAUCAUCUAGUUAUUUGAAAUCUAAUGUUUUUAUAAGAUUGUGCUGCGCUUCUCGAAGCAAAUUUCCAUUAUCGUACAGGUCAUUCGUACUUUUAGCCAAUUAUUUUUAGUCUCCAGAAGCAUGGUAAACAAUCGAAAUAAAAUAACUUCGAAAAUAUCUUGGAGAGAAUAAAAUAAUAGAAUGAAAAGCGGAAGAGCAAUUAUUUUAUCUGAAAUUUGAUGUCACGAUUUGCAAAAAUUAUUCUAUUGCCAAUUGGCUAUUGCAAAAAGAAUACUACACACAAGAA